AUGACCAGUCCUCCCACUAUAGGAGCUGACGACAACAAAACGAAAAGUGGCGGCUUCAAUUUCGGCUAUCAGCUGCUCAUCACAAAUCCAGCUCAGGCAGCGUUCGUACAGUUUGUGAAUGACUCCUAUGCGGAGUUGCAUGGUGUACGUCAGGACAAGGAAAAUCUCGAGUUCAUUUGGGGCGUGAUCGUGUCAACAUUCUUUUGGGGAGCCACCGUUGCUGCAUUACUGAUCCAGAUAACAGCCGAUUAUUUUGGUCGUAAGAAUGGCAUCAUUGUCACCUUUGUGGCACAGAUUAUCGCCGUCCUCGUAGAUAAUUAUAUCAUGUAUUCGGUAGCUCCGGAUCGCGCUCGGUGCUGCAAUCAGUGUCUCGAUAGGAAUUGCACCGAUGUACAUUAUUGA